CCAAUAUCCGGAGGGCAAUUCUGGAAAAUAAAUUGAGAUUUCCACCGGGUUUACACACCGUACCCGCCCCGCCCUCUCUCCGUUCAUCUGCCCACGCCAUUGAAGAAGCUCCAGGCUCCAGCUGAGAUCCCUCGCCCUGCAAUCCAAAACCACGGGAUUCGAAUGCCGAAUUUUAGCUGCGCGAUCUAACCAGGUAGGCUUUGAUAAUAAUCUGAUUGAGAGAGUCUCACACGAUCAGCUUGAAGUGAAGAUUUCGCCAUUUCGGCAACCUUCUGAAUUUUUCUCCGUUCGUUUUCGAGGUUUUCCGAGAUAAAGCUAGCGAGUAUCUGGAACGUAUGUUGCUCGUUAAUUGGCAAUUUACAGAGAAACAAUGGUCUGUGAAUUAUAUGUCAUGUAUCUGCUUAUGAAUAACAUGGAGCUCGCUUAAGAAGCAAUGGAUUCGAAGGACCUCUUGAUUCUGGAUCAUCAUAUUGUCAAGUAAUGGCAACUUGAACUUCUUCGAGUUCUUGUAGGAAGCAUGAACAUCGUUAAGGGCGUAGCUGACCUGAUUCGAAGGACAUCCAGUGGCCCACUUGGAGUGUCCACUUCAGGGUCGCAAGCUAAUUGGUUGAAUCCUCCGGGUCCAAAAAUACGAUUCAGUGAAGUUGGUGAUGAAGCAAUUCUGAGUGAACUCUGGGUCAGAUAUGAGAAAGCUGUUGAUAAGGGGGAGAGAAGAAGGAUGUUUUAUGUUUUCUUGAAGCAAUUUGCUGUUGUAUACAAGAACUGGAAACCUAUAAAUUUUGGCGCGUUCCCAGAGAAUGCCCCAACUUCUCUCCAAACUACGGAGAUUUCGACUUCUGAUCAUACUGUUGUUGGCUGCUCUAGUGGACAUCCUUCUGAAAUCAUUUUAAAAUUGAUUGAGGAGGUCAAGCAAUUAACUUCUGUCGUCAUUGAAUGGCGGUCUACGGCAGACUUACUUGGAGCCUCAAUUGGCUUAAAUUUAACUUCUGAAGGGUUUCUAAUCUUGGAUGCCUUGGCAAUAGUUAUGCGUUCAAUGCAUAACUGUAAAGUUUUUGGGUACUAUAGUGGAAUUCAAAAGCUUACAGCAUUAAUGAAAGGGGCUGUUAUUCAACUUAAGACAAUAACCGGCGAAAUUUCUGCUGAUGAAGGUUCAUCUAAUAUUGUUGUGGAGAAUACCAGACUCCUACAAGUAAUGUUAAUUUAUGUGGUGUCAAUAGUACAUACUUUUAUUGACAUAGAUUCGCUUCUGUGUCCGGAGGAUCCUUCUUUAACUAUGAAGGUACCGUCUUGUGAAGAGAGACUAAUGUGGCAGCAGAAGGCGGUUGUGUCAGUGAUGGAAGCUGGUGGAAUUAAUUGGUUAGUAGAGUUGUUGCGCGUUACUCGAAGGUUGAAUAUCAAAGAACAAAAUAUUGAAGUGGAGCUCCAAUUUUUGGCCUUAAAAAUUCUCUAUUCUGCAUUAUCUGAGAACCCACGGGGUCAAAAUCAUUUUAAAAGCAUUGGUGGACUUGAAGUCUUGUUGGAUGGUCUUGGACUUGCAUCCAAAAAUGUUUUAGCUCCGAAGGAUCCAGCUGGUGCUGACCAGACAAGGGAUGAGAACCGCUUUAUUAAUAUUUUGCAGCUGCAUGUUCUUUCACUGGCAGUACUUAGAGAGGCCGUCUUUGGGAACUUAAACAAUAUGCAAUUUUUGUGUGAAAACGGGAGGGUACAUAAAUUUGCAAAUAGCUUUUGUUCUCCAGCUUUCAUGCUUCAAGAAUACAAACUGCAGAUAGGGGAGUUAUCUGGACAGCUUGAUUUUAAAUCGCCUAUUCUUGACCGGAAAUGCAAUGUUGCAGCACAGUCAGGAGAGUGUUUUACCGUACCUUUAACCAAUCUCACUCAUAUACAAUCUUGGAAUGAUUAUGUGGUGAAAUUAUGCCGAGCACUUUGUUCUUUUCUUCUUGCUCCAGAUGAUGUUAAACCUCAGCAUCCUCAAUUAUCUUCUAUUCGAAUCAUGACACCUGUUUCAUUGGUCUAUGGCGAUCUUUCAAUCAAAUGGGUCAUGAGGGUACUUGUAGCUGUGUUCCCCUGCAUUAAGGCUUGUUCUAAUCAAAAUGAUUUUCCUGCCCACUUGAGGAUCCUUGCCAAUGCUUUGCAACACUCUGUUCUUACUGCAUUUAGAAAGUUCCUUGUUUCUUCUCCUGUGUCUCUUGAAAUUUUUCGAGAAGAGGGGAUAUGGGAUCUUUUCUUCUCUGAGAACUUUUUCUAUUUUGGACCUGCUUUUGAGGAGUUCUUUCUAGAAUUUUGCAUGAACAAUGAUGACAACUUCUUGGAGAAAUCUGAAACAUACUAUGCCUCUGGCUCAAACAGUUCACCAAAGGCUGACGGGGUUGAUAUAAUUCAAAUGGAAGUAGUUUCAUUUGUGGAGUUCGCUGCAACUUCUUGUGGAAGUGCACAUAAUUUACCUGAAUUAUCUGCUUUGUUAGACGCCCUUGAACAAUCUGCUUGUAAUCCUGAGGUUGCCAUUGCUGUGGCUAAGAGCCUGCUUCGCAUAUUGCAAAUUUCAUCUGAGAGAACUGUUGCUUCAUUUAAGACGCUGAAUGCUGUUCCCAGAUUGCUUAAAGUUGCCUGUGUUCAAGCCCAAGAACAUAGAAGAUCAGAAAAUAUUAUUUCUUCCGAGAUUAAUUCUGCUGAAGGCAAUCAAUCUCAAAGUUAUCAGGGUCAUGAUUCACGUGAGACAGCCCAAAGUUGUCUCACAUGCUUGGAAACGAUCGUGGAACUUUUCACAGAAUUUUUCUCAAUAGGAGAUGACGCAAAAAAUUUGGUUUUGCGUAAUUCAACAACAAUUGAUUGUCUGUUUGAUUUAUUUUGGGAAGAAAGUUUGAGAAGCCAUGUGCUCAAACACAUACUUGAGCUCAUAAAGAUACUGCCAAUUGCUGAGGAAGAUAAAAAGGCGAAAUUGUAUAUUUGUUCUAAAUAUCUUGAGAUGUUUACUCAAAUUAAAGAACGGGAGAAAAGUUCUGCAGAACUCUCUAUUGAUCUGUUGGUUGGAAUCAGAGAGAUGGUUCUGAAUGAUCCUCAGUACUAUCAAGCUCUAUUUCGUGAUGGAGAGUGCUUUUUGCAUAUUGUCUCUUUGUUGAAUGGUAAUAUUGACGAGGCAAAUGGAGAAAAGUUGGUUUUGAAUGUCCUUCAAACCCUUACUUGUCUGCUAGCUGAAAAUGAAGUCUCAAAGGCUUCAUUUAGAGCUUUGGCUGGCAAAGGUUACCAGACAAUGCAAAGUUUGCUCUUGGACUUCUGUCAAUGCCAUUCAAGUGAUGCAGUCUUAAGUGCUCUGCUCCAUAUGCUUGUUGAUGGAAAGUUUGACUUAAAAUCGUACCCUACUAUACAGAAUGAAGAUGUGAUCAUUCUUUAUUUGAGUGUUCUGCAGAAGCAUUUGAUUGGGCAGAGCAGUGAGCCAUUGCAGCAUCAAGGGCUUAAUGUGUUUCAACAGCUUCUUCGGGAUUCUAUAUCCAAUCGAGCUUCUUGUGUGAGAGCAGGAAUGUUGAACUUUCUUCUUGAUUGGUUCGGUCAAGAUAUUGUUGAUGAUGUCAUCGUGAAAAUUGCUCAGUUAAUUCAGAUAAUAGGUGGCCAUAGUGUAUCUGGGAAGGAUAUCCGCAAAAUUUUUGCUUUGUUAAGGAGUGAGAAAGUUGGGAAACAGAAACGAUAUUGCUCUUUGUUGAUGGCCAGUAUUUUGUCAAUGCUAACUGAGAAGGGACCAACUGCUUUUUUUGAUCUGAGUGGGAACAAUUCUGGGAUCUUAAUUAAAACACCUGUUCAGUGGCCUCUCAAUAAAGGAUUUUCCUUUUCAUGUUGGCUUCGCGUAGAGAACUUCCCAGUGCAUGGAACAAUGGGUCUUUUCAGCUUCCUUACAGAAAAUGGAAGAGGCUGCUUGGCUGUUCUUGCAAAGGACAAGAUUAUUUAUGAGUCUAUCAAUCUGAAGAGACAGAGUGUCCAGUUACGUGUUAAUGUAGUCAGAAAGAAGUGGCAUUUUCUUUGUAUAACCCAUAGUAUUGGAAGAGCAUUCUCUAGUGGUAGCUUACUGAGGUGUUAUGUGGAUGGUGAUCUUGUUUCAUCUGAGAAAUGCAGAUAUGCUAAAGUUAGUGAACCACUAACAAAUUGCACGGUUGGUGCAAAGUUCAGUGUGCCUUUCAGUGAAGAAGUUGAUGCUCAGGAAUAUGUUGAUGUUUCAUUUCCUUUUCAUGGUCAGAUUGGUCCUGUUUAUUUGUUUAGCGAUGCUAUUUCUUCUGAGCAAGUGCAGGGUAUUCAGUCUCUUGGACCAAGCUAUAUGUAUUCAUUUCUUGACAAUGACAUUGCUACUUUCUCUGAAAAUCAAAAUCAAUUGCCUAGCGGAAUGCUUGGAAAAUCAUUAUUUAAUGUUUCACCAACAUUAGAUCACAUUUCAGAAAAGAAUAAUUUUGAAGCUACUGUCAUGGUUGGCACAGAGCUAUGUUCGAGACGCUUACUACAGCGGAUUAUUUACUGUGUUGGGGGUGUCACUGUACUUUUUCCUCUAAUUUCUCAGUCUGACAGAUAUGAAAGUGAAAAUAAUGGACAAAUUGAUCAGAAUGUAGAUAUACUUGGCACAAAAGAGUGUCUAACAGCUGAAGUUAUUGAACUUAUUGCAUCUGUUCUGGAUGAGAACUUACCAAACCAACAUCAGAUGCAUCUUCUUUCUGGAUUCUCCAUUCUGGGAUUUUUGCUGCAAUCGGUCAAUCCACAGCAACUUAAUAUGGAAACUCUCGCAGCUUUAAAGCAUCUUUUCAAUGUCAUUGCAAACUGUGGAUUUUCUGAGCUGCUCACUCAAGAUGCUAUAUCUGUCAUAUUUCUUAAUCCCUCAAUCUGGAUCUACUCUGCUUAUGAGGUGCAGCGCGAAUUAUACUUAUUUCUCAUUCAGCAGUUUGAUAAUGAUCCUAGGUUGCUCAAGAAUCUCUGCCGGAUUCCACUUAUUCUUGAUAUAAUUUGUAAGUUCUACUGUGACAAUGCUAAAUUUAAAUUUGCUCCUGGAAGCAAGACUCCUCUGCAUUCAUCUAUUGAAGUUCUUGGAGAAAGGCCUACUAAGGAUGAAAUACGGAAAAUUCGUCUUCUUUUACUAAGCCUUGGGGAAAUGAGCAUUCGGCAAAAUAUUGUAGCAACUGAUAUAAAAGCUCUUAUUGCUUUUUUUGAAAGAAGUCAAGAUGUGACAUGCAUCGAGGAUGUUCUGCAUAUGGUAAUUAGGGCCAUAGCUCAAAAGACAGUUCUUGCUUCUUUCCAUGAGCAAGUUAAUCUUAUUGGUGGAUGUCCAAUUUUUGUCAAUCUUCUUCAGAGGGAGUUUGAGCCUGUCAGAUUGCUUAGCUUGCAGUUCCUUGGUAGACUUUUGGUCGGUCUUCCUUCUGAGAAGAAAGGACUAAGAUUUUUCAAUCUCGCAAGUGGAAAAUCUAAAUAUCUUUUAGAUAGCCAUAAAAAAACUAGUUUAAGGAUGCAACCACUGUUCUCAGCUAUAUCCGACAGGUUGUUUAGGUUUCCACCUACAGACAAUUUAUGUGCUGCCUUGUUUGAUGUUCUUCUAGGGGGUGCGAGUCCCAAACAGGUUUUGCAGAAACAAUAUCAGACUGAUGGACCAAAAAACAAAUCUCCUGGAUCUCAUUUUUCUGUUCCGCAGAGUUUAGUUCUUAUUUUCAGGUUCCUAUGUAGCUGUGAGGAUAUUUCUACAAGACUAAAAAUAAUCACAGAUCUGCUUGAUCUUCUUGAUUCAAAUCCUUCAAAUAUUGAAGCUUUUAUGGAAUAUGGGUGGAAUGCUUGGUUGACGGCCUCUGUAAAGCUUGAUGCUUUGCAGCAGUACAAAGUUGAGUCACUAGAUCAAGUUGACAAUAAGAUAAAUGAGCAACGUAUUCUAAGGAAACUAUAUUCUGUUGUCCUUUUCCACUACACAUGUUCUGUGAAGGGUGGCUGGCAACAAUUAGAAGAGACAGCAACUUUCCUACUUAUGCACUCCAAGAAAGGCCAAGUCUCCUUUAAGUAUUUACUUCGUGAUAUGUAUGAGGACCUGAUUCAGAUGCUAGUGGAUUUAUCAUCUGGGGAGAAUAUAUUUCUUACACAGCCAUGUCGAGAUAAUACAUUAUACCUUCUAAAGCUUAUUGACAAUAUGCUUAUAGCUGAAAUUGACCAUCAGUUGCCGAUUCUAGCGACCAUCUUUGAUAUAUCUCUGGAUUCCGUGGAACUGGAGCUUUACAUUUCUGCCUUACAUGAUGUUUUGCGAGGAGAAUCUGAUGACUGGACGACAAGACAUUCACAGCAUCAAAUGGAAGUUAAAGAUGACAAGAUGGAUGAGAAGUGGUGGUAUCUUUACGAUAAAGUAUGGAUUAUUAUUAGUGCGAUAAAUGGCAAGGGACCAAACAAAACAUUGCCGAAAUCAACACCAGCAGGUCCUACAUUGGGCCAAAGAGCCCGUGGAUUAGUUGAGUCACUCAACAUUCCUGCUGCAGAGAUGGCUGCAGUUGUUGUAUCAGGAGGCAUAGGCAGUGCAUUGGGAGGAAAACCAAACAAAAAUGUUGAUAAGGCCAUGCUUUUGCGUGGGGAGAAGUUCCCAAGAAUUAUUCUUCGACUUGUAAUACUAUACAUUUGCAAGUCUCCUCUAGAAAAAGCAUCACGAUGUGUGCAGCAGGUCAUUUCACUUUUACCUUCUGUUUUGGCUACUGAUGAUGAACAAAACAAAAAUAGGUUGCUGCUGUUCAUCUGGUCUUUGCUGGCUGUUAGGUCACAGUUCAGACUGUUAAAUAAUGAUGUUCGCAUUCAUGUCAUAUCACAUUUGAUUCGAGAAACUGUAAGCUGUUGCAAAUCAAUACUUGCUACCAGUAUAAUAAGCACAGAUGAUUCCUUGGAUACUAGCGCCUUUCUUAAAGAAACUGGAUACAUUCACAACCUGAUUCAGAAGGAACGUGUUACUGCUGCUAUAUCUGAUGAAGCAAACUAUAUGAAAGCAUCAAAAAUUGACCAUGAGAAGCAGUUGCAUGAAUUAAGUAUUAGAAUGGAGGAGAGCUUUUCUAAUGAGUCUGGUGACCAAAAGGUUUUUGAAGAUGAGAUGCAAAGUAUUCUGACUUCCAUUUUGCUUGCAGAUGAUAAUAGAAGGGCUGUGUUCCAGCUUUCUUACGAGGAACAGCAGCAAAAUAUUGCUGAAAAGUGGAUCCACAUGUUUCGUGCUUUGAUUGAUGAACGUGGUCCAUGGUCUGCUAAUUCUUUUUCCAAUAUUCCUUCAACACAUUGGAAACUCGACAAGACUGAGGAUAUGUGGCGACGCAGACCCAAACUAAGAAAGAAUUAUCACUUUGAUGAAAAGCUGUGUCAUCCCCCAUCUAUUUCUUCUAGCGCUGACAUUGCUAAUGCUGAAAAUGAAAACAAAUCUACUAUUGUUGGGCACAUCCCAGAGCAAAUGAAAAAGUUUUUGCUUAAAGGUGUUCAGAAGAUAACUGAUGAAGGAAACUCAGAACCCAUUGAAAAUGAUGAUGAACCAUGUGAAUUAAAUGCUUCUAACCUCGUGGAUUCUUCAGAUAGUCAGUAUCCAGAGCUAGUCAAAGACGUUGGUGUCUGGAAAGAUAUUGUACAGGACAGAAAAGAUACAUCUCUAUUUUCACCAGAGACAGAAGAAAGUGAGGUUCUCAUGUCGAUUCCAUGCAUACUUGUGACACCCAAAAGAAAAUUAGCUGGACAUUUGGCUGUUAUGAAAAAAUUUUUGCAUUUUUUUGGUGAAUUUUUGGUCGAAGGUACUGGGGGAGUAUCCACCUUUAAGAACUUCCAAGCUCUCAAAAGUUCAGAUUUGACUAAGCUCGACCAAAAGCAGAAGUCUGUAAAGUGGCCUCUAUAUUUACAAUUGGAGUCCAGAAAAGGUACUUCAGUUGAUAACGUGGAGGUGAUAAAUGAUGAUGGAAAUCUGAAAAAACCACUAAAAAAUGUCAAACGCCAUAGGAGAUGGAACAUUGGGAAGAUAAAAGGAGUUCACUGGACUCGAUAUUUGCUUAGAUACACUGCAAUAGAGAUCUUCUUCAGUGAUUCAGUUGCACCAGUCUUUUUUAAUUUUGCCACACCAAAAGAUGCAAAAGAUAUUGGGACUUUGAUAGUGUCUAGUAGAAAUGACUUUUUGUUCCCUAAAGGCAGUAGUCGAAAUCAAAGUGGAGCUAUUUCUUUUGUUGAUAGACGUGUUGCCCUCGAGAUUGCAGAAGCGGCCCGAGAAAACUGGAGGAGGAGGGAUAUUACAAACUUCGAAUAUUUAAUGAUUCUCAAUACUCUUUCAGGAAGGUCUUAUAAUGAUUUAACUCAGUAUCCAGUCUUUCCUUGGGUCUUGGCGGAUUACUCCUCUGAAGUUCUUGAUUUUAACAAGUCCUCAACUUUUCGUGAUCUUUCAAAACCUAUUGGAGCACUAGAUCUGAAACGCUUUGAGGUAUUUGAAGAUAGGUAUCGUAACUUUUGCGAUCCUGACAUACCAAGCUGUACUACCUUCUACGAUUGGAGCCAUUUACUUCUCUUCACCGGAAUUUGCAAGGUGGUAAAUUUGAUCAUGCAGAUCGUCUUUUUCAAAGCAUUGAGGGGACAUAUCGAAAUUGCUUAUCCAAUACAAGUGAUGUGAAGGAAUUGAUACCUGAGUUCUUUUACAUGCCAGAGUUUCUCAGCAAUUCAAAUUAUUAUCACUUGGGAGUUAAACAAGAUGGUGAACCCAUAGGUGAUGUAGUCCUCCCUCCUUGGGCCAAGGGGUCACCUGAAGUAUUUAUAAGUAAAAACAGGGAAGCACUCGAAAGUGAGUACGUUAGUUCGAAUCUUCAUCACUGGAUAGAUCUGGUGUUUGGUUACAAGCAGCGUGGAAAACCAGCAGUGGAGAAUGCAAACGUCUUUUAUUAUCUGACAUAUGAAGGUGCUGUUGACCUUGACACUAUGGAAGAUGAUUUGCAAAGAUCAGCCAUUGAAGAUCAAAUUGCAAACUUUGGCCAAACACCAAUUCAGAUUUUUCGUAAAAGACACCCAAGAAGAGGGCCACCGAUACCAAUUGCACACCCCUUAUGUUUUGCUCCUGGUUCAAUUAACUUAACGUCCAUCAUUUCGUGUUCCACUCCUCCUCCAUCAGCCAUAUUGCACAUCAGUAUGUUAGACACACAUAUUGUCCUUGUGAGCCAGGGGCUAGUUCUAACCGUUAAGAUGUGGUUGACCACCCAGUUACAGUACGGUGGAAACUUUACAUUCUCUGGGUCUCAGGAACCUUUUUUUGGAGUGGGUUCAGAUAUUCUUCCUCCUCGUAAAAUUGGGAGCCCUCUAGCUGAAAAUUUUGAACUUGGAGGACAAUGCUUUGCUACCAUGCAAACACCUUCUGAGAAUUUUCUGGUUUCUUGUGGGAAUUGGGAUAAUAGCUUUCAUAUUAUUUCUAUAACUGAUGGCAGGUUGAUGCAGAGCAUCCGGCAACAUAAUGAUGUGGUUAGCUGUGCAGCAGUGACAUCAGAUGGAAGCAUUCUUGCCACAGGAAGUUACGACACUACGGUUAUGGUGUGGAAAGUUCUCCGUGGUUGGAUCGCUGAAAAAAGAGUACGCAGCACACAAUUGGAGCCACUUCGAAAAGACUAUGUCAUUGCAGAAAGUCCAUUCCAUGUUCUCUGUGGGCAUGACGACAUAAUUACGUGUUUAUAUGUUAGUGUUGAGCUAGACAUAGUUAUCAGUGGAUCCAAAGAUGGGACUUGCAUUUUUCAUACUCUUCGCGAGGGAAGAUACAUACGAUCUUUGCAUCAUCCAUCUGGUUGUGGAUUGUCGAAGCUCGUAGCUUCUCGGCAUGGCAGAGUUGUGUUUUACGCAGAUGAUGAUCUAAGUUUGCACCUCUAUUCUAUCAAUGGUAAACAUUUGGCUGCUUCUGAAUCCAAUGGCCGCCUCAACUGUGUUGAAUUAAGUCAAUGCGGCGAGUUUUUGGUCUGCGCUGGUGAUCAUGGGCAGAUUGUUGUCCGCUCCAUGAACUCGCUCGAGGUUAUAACUAGGUACAACGGAAUUGGAAAAGUAAUCGUAUCUUUAACAGUUACGGCUGAGGAAUGUUUUCUUGCUGGAACAAAAGAUGGAAGUCUUCUUGUAUAUUCCAUUCAAAAUCCUCAGCUACGAAAAAUUAGCAUUCCUCGAAAUGCAAAAUCUAAAGCUUCUGCUGUGGGAUAGGACUCUCUCUCAAGAGUUGUGGAAUUCCGACAUACUGCAUUAUCGUGUCAGAACAUUUUGCGGUAGCCCAGACUUAUCAAAGUCAUAUCAAUUGGAAAGCCCAGACCAUGGAGAUAUCUACUCUUUCAAAUUUUUGGGGUACUCCAUUUCUGAGGAUAUGGAAGGAUGUACAUGCCGAUAGCUCGAACAGCCUAACAUAUCCUAGCACAUAUUGCUUCAAAUACGACAUGGGAUCUCAAGAAAAUCCCAAGGCAUUUUUUUUCUCUCUACACCAUGAGAUUCUACUUGAUCUCUUAUACAAAUCUGAUUAUCUUCAUUUUGGCGAAAUGAAUGUAGGCAGUGGAGCAGAAACUUGUAUAUAGUUGGUAGACAAGAUGUCCAUAAUUAGUUGGCUGCACCUCAGGUUUACCUUUACUGUUUAAGGCCUCAAACUUCAUGAAUAUCAUCUUCACUGCCCCUUCUCUAACUCAGAGCAAGUGAAGAUAACAUCUUUUCAAUAGGUUGAAGUUCUUCCCCUUUUUAGCUUCAGGCUUCAGCUCUUAUUUAACUUAACUUGUUCAUAUUAAUUUGUAUAUUUUACUUGUCCCAUUGAUUUAGCAUUCUUAGAUUAGCUGCUCGAUAUUGUGCUAAUGAUCGAGAAAAACUUCCUCGAGAUUAGAUAAGUUGUAUCUGCCUGCAGUUCGAAGUUCUAAGUUUUCCUUACACAUUCUGAUAAGACUCUUGAUUUCUUUCUUUCUCCUUUCCUUUCAUUUUCUGACAUUUUUACUUAUAAGAGGUCAUUCCUAUGAGAUUUUUUUGUUUGA